AUGGCAGAAAAUCAGGUGGCGCAAAUCCCAAGCAGCAGCAGCAGCUCCAACACCACCCGCCGUUCCCGCUCUAUCUACGGCAGUGAGCGGGAUUUGGAGUCAGCUUCGUCGCUUUUUUGCCGUAUCUGCCUUGACACUCACUGCAGAGAAGGCGACGAACUCAUAGCUCCUUGCCGCUGUAAAGGCUCCCAAGAGUUCAUCCACAGGGAAUGCUUAGACCGGUGGAGAUCUGUCGGAGAAGGUUUUGCUUUCACCCACUGCUCCACUUGUAAAGCAGCAUUUCGAUUACAAGUGAAAGAGGUGAAAUAUGACAUUGUCACAAGGGUAAAGCACAAGCUCUUUGUGGUCAAGGAUUUUUUUGUUCAUUUCCUGAUUUCUCAAGCAUCUGAUGAUAUAAAUGAAACAGGAGCACUGGUCUUCCUUCUUGUCUUGGGAUGUUAUUGUUUCUUAAAAACUUGCAUUUCCCUUGCUAAUUUGGACCAACGUAUAGCCGGCUGCCAAAACUGUUUCCUGGCCAUGUUGAUGUGGAAUUGCUUUCCUGCUACAAUUGUCAUCAUUGUUACCAUAUAUGUCUUUGUUUUCUGUGGUAUUGCAUAUGGUUUGUUUCUUGCUAUCACAGUUGUACAUAAGAGUUGGCACAAGCACUAUCAAAUCCUCAUGAAACAGGAUCUUACCAAGGUUUAA